AUGUCGGAUAUUGCAAAAACUAGUAAAAAUGAAGACACGGCCAAUAACAACACUACUACAGAACCGAAACCAGCAGAUGACAAACAAAUUAAACUAAAUAACACGUUAAAAGACAAACUUCGGAAAUACAUCAAAAAGUUGGAUGAAACAGCCACAAGCAUAACAAAAGAAGAAAGCAUAAAACUAGAAGUUGACACAUUCAAACAAUUAUACAAGCCUAAGCUAGCGGGUAAAGAGGACUCGUACAAAAACAUACCAAAAUUCUACUUUAAAUUACCGAAACCUGAUGACACACUCGCUCAGAAACUAAGAGAGGAGACGAGAGCUCAAUUUUUACAGAAAAAGAGCAAAGAACUGCUUGAUAACAGUGAAUUGAAGCAUCUAUGGAGUUUGUUAGAGAAGACCAAUGGGAGCUACAAUGUCACUAACAAUGAUGAGUUAAUAAUUGACUAUUUUCAAUUUAAGAAGAUCAGGGAUGAAGCGGGGCCUAAAUAUAAACCAUAUUUCACAGCAGAAGUAUUCGGUCGUCUACAAGCAGCUGAGGGUGGUGUCGGUCGGGUGCGGGCGGUGUCACUGUUUAAUUAUGUGAUGCGCAGAGUAUGGCUGCAGCAGACGAGGAUCGGACUAUCCUUGUAUGAUGUUACAGGGCAAGGGUACCUGACUGAACAUGACCUAGAAAGCUACAUAGCAGAAUUAGUGCCGUCCCUGGCAGCGCUGGACGGACUGGACUCAUCCUUCAGUUCGUUCUAUGUGUGCACGGCUGCCAGGAAGUUCCUGUUCUUCCUCGAUCCACUGCGAGUGGGCAGGGUGAGGAUACGAGACGUGCUGUCCUGCUCCUUCCUUGAUGAUUUAUUAGAGCUCCGCGAAGAAGACUUACCGAUGGAGAUUCAGGAACAGAAUUGGUUCAGCGCGGCGUCGGCGCUGCGCGUAUAUGGACAGUAUCUCAACUUGGAUAGGGACCAUAAUGGCAUGCUCAGCAUCAACGAGUUAGCUGGCUACGGCUCCGGUACAUUAACUCGAGCGUUUUUACAGCGAGUGUUCCAACAGUGUCUGACUUAUGACGGGGAGAUGGAUUACAAGACGUAUCUAGACCUAGUUCUAGCGCUAGAGAAUAGAAAGCAGCCGGCCGCCCUAGCGUACCUGUUUAGAGUACUAGAUAUUAACUGUGUCGGGUAUCUCGAUGCUUUUACCUUGAAUUAUUUUUUUAAGGCAAUACAAGAACAAAUGAUAGCUCACGGCGCGGAACCAGUCAACUUUGACGACGUGAAGGACGAAAUAUUCGACAUGAUCCGACCGGAGGACCCCACAAGGAUCACCCUCCAGGAUCUGAUCCGCAGUGGCCAUGGCCACACCGCGGUGUCCAUCCUGCUGGAGCUGCAAGGGUUCUGGGCAUACGAGAACAGGGAGGCGCUCGCCGCCGCCGGGGACCACGCCUGA